AUGGAUCCUCAGACUCAAGUUGAUAUCUCUAGUCUUAGCGACGCCGAUAAGAAGGAGCUUAACACCGUCCUUACCAAUGAGGCGCAGAAGUCCAGCAUCCAGCAGGCCGUCCACUCCCUGAACGAUGUCUGCUUCACCAAGUGCAUCCGCGGCAAGCCCAUCACCUCUGGCACCCUCGACCGCGCUGAGGAGGCAUGCGCCCAGAACUGCGUUGAACGCUGGUUCGACACCCAGAUGUCCAUCCUGAAGCACCUGGAUGUACUCCGCGGCGGCCACUAA